AUGACCUUACAAAAUUUUACAACAUAUCCAUGUUCUAAGCAGAAUAUUGAAUAUAAAAAACGCACGGCCACAAAAGCAUCAAAUGUUCACGAACACAUCGAAAAUUCUGUUGAAAAGAGAGCUGAUUUAAAUAAAGAGAAGAAUGAAAUUUUAAGGGAAAAAAGACAGACGUAUUAUGCCAGUUUUGAAUCCAAGAAAAGUGGGAGUCCUGACAUAAAAAAACCAACUGAAAAAAAAUAUGACAAGGCUUCAAUCCUAAAACAACUCAAAGAUGAAGAAAUAUCAUUACAAAGAAAGGAAGAACAAAUUGAAAAAGACAAGAAAAAAUAUGCAAUGCCUCAUUCUAUACCUUUAGGAUAUGAUGGAUUUUAUAACAAGUAUUUUUAUUUUGAUGGUUUGGGUAUAACAGUUGGAGAAAAAUAUGGUACAGGUAAAAUUUGGGAACAAGUUCCCCAGAAACAAGAUUUGAGAAUGUUAACUGAUAGAGAUAUGCAACAUUAUUACAAAAGAAAAAAAGCUGAAGAUUCAGGUAUGAAUUUUGGACAAUGGGGUUACUAUGAAGACGUAUCAGAUGUUAUGAACAGAGAAUCUGUAUUGAAGAAUAAACUUUUAAAUCACUAUCAAGAACUUUCGACUUGUUUAAUGAAAAGGAAACAGGAUUUGACCACACCUUGUAUGACAAUUGAAGUGAGAAGAAGUAAACGAGUACAAAUUACUAAUGCAGUACUUUCUUCACAAUAA